AUGCAGGCGAUGCGAAUUUUGAUCGCACUGCUUCUAUCGGGAGUGUUUGCAAAGGAUCUGCAGGAGUGCGAGGAUCUGGGAAGAGGAAGUUUUCUUUGUCGGGAAAUUGAGAGUUUCGAGCAACUGAGUCGAUAUGUGGGAGAAAAGUGGAAAAGUGUAAAGGUGGUCAAUGAGCACACUGGUAUUGAAAGUGCCGAUGAGGGGGAAUUACCGGGACUCUCGAGGCUUUUGCAUUUGGAUCUAUCCGAAUCUGGGGGCGUGACUCUGGGCGAAAGGGGUCUGCGGGACUUUGAGGCCCUGCAGGAUCUCAAUCUCACCCACUGCCAACUGGAGGAGAUGCAGGUCCAGCACUUUCCCAACAAAUCGCAACUGGUAAACUUAGAUGUGAGCUUCAAUGACAUUCAGAUUGUCACUGGCAAGCUGAUGAGUGGAUUGGCAAACUUGGAGUAUGCGAAUUUCUCCAACAACCUGAUAGCGCAAAUAGAGCCCAAUGCCUUUAGGGAUCUGAAAAAGUUGGUAUUUCUGGACCUGACCACCAACGAGCAGGAGAACGUGACGCUGGGCGAGAAUGCAAACCUGCGUUAUCUGUCCAUAAGCAACAAUAAUGUGCGGGAUUUCCAAUGGUGUCGCUUGCGGGGAUUGCCUAGUUUGGAGGAACUGCACCUGCACAGCAAUUGGCUGGAGAGUCUGGACAUGGGAAUAUUCUAUGCUCUGCCCAAUCUUCGAGUCCUAAACGUGUCCAACAAUAAUUUAUAUGAGCUUAAGCGAACUCUCUUCAUGGCUCCCGGAGAAAUAGCUCCAUUAGAGCUUCUUGAUUACAGCUCGAAUAAUGUAAAGGUAUUGGAUGAUUCCAUUUUCUGCAGGUUGGGUAAGCUAAGGACCCUCAAUCUGUGGCUCAACCAGAUCAACAGGAUCCAUCCGAGAGCCUUUGUGGGUCUGAGUUCCUUGCAAUCCCUUCAGCUGCAGGGAAACAAGAUCCCGAUUCUUCCCGAGGAAGUCUUUGCCAAUCUCACAGCUUUGGAGCGAUUAGAUUUGAGUAGGAAUAAUAUCAAAAAGUUGGGUUUCGGGGUGUUUGGAGCAAGUAUUCUUCGCAGCCUAACUUAUCUGGAUUUGAGCAACAACUACAUUGCGGAUCUGCAUCCUCUGGCCCUUUCCUCGCUGCCUUUCAUCAAGGAACUCCGGCUGAGGAGGAACAAGCUGAUCAGCCUGGAUCUUCGGAUGUUUGCACCCUUGCGGCGUUUGCAGUGGCUCACGAUUGGCGAGAAUCGUCUGGAGGAGAUCGAUGAGGAAAUUCUGGACACCUUCGAACGACUCACUCACCUGGAGAUCAACAACAAUAGACUCACCUUUUUGCCCGAUCUCAAGUCAGAGUCGAGGCAGGGUCUUCGGCAAUUGCAGCACAUCAGUCUGGAGGGAAAUCCCUGGCAGUGUCUGUGUCUGGACGAGAUCACCUCCUGGUUGAAUGGCCACCAGGUGGCCUACGCUCGUCCCAGCAGCGCCUAUUUCAGUGGAAGGAAGCCCCUCUGCGUGGUCACGCCCAUGGAUAAGUGUCUGCGGAUCCUCGACGAAGUGAGGGCCCAAGGAAUCGUCGAAAGCUAUGAGAAGAUUUAA